AUGCCUCGGGCGGAGAAUAUUUACGCUAUCGAUAGUCGCCUCAAAGAUGUACGGGAUGUAUCUUAUGGUCCUGUUGCUUGCGUUCCAGAUGCAAAAAUUGUCAACUAUUUGUUACGGCCCGCCGCUUACAGCAAGCAUAAGUUGCCUUACAAAACGGGAGUCUCAGUAAAGGUGGAGUUCUGGAUCCAGGAAAUAACAGCAAUCUCCGAAAUGACUAAUGAUUUUGAGAUGGAGAUGUACAUUAAUGAGCUAUGGAGCGAUCCAAAACUGAAGUUCGACCAUCUGAACGCAUGUAAAGCGAAUUUAUCUCUGGAUCAGGCAACAUUGGUUCGGGUAUGGACGCCGAACAGUUGCUUUGUGAACUCAAAAACAGCCGAAAUUCACGAGUCACCAUUUUCGAACGUGUUCCUGACACUGUAUGAAAAUGGAACAGUUUGGGUGAACUAUCGUGUUCGAGUGAGAGGACCGUGUUCUAUGGAUCUAGUGGAUUUUCCUAUGGAUACACAAUCUUGUCGCUUGAAAUAUCAGAGUUUUUCAUAUAAUAAUGAAGAAGUUCGAAUGCGGUGGAAUAGCCGACGAAAACCGGUGUUUGCACUAAAACAACUACAUAUUACUGAUUUUACCUUGAAAGAUAUUACGCCAGCAGUAAUUCGAAGGAAUUAUCCAGCUGGAAUGUGGGACGAAUUGAUAGUGACUUUCGUCUUCGAAAGACGUUAUAUGUGGUACUUCUUGCAAGCUUACUUGCCUACAUACUUCACAAUUUUUAUCAGCUGGCUGGCAUUCUCUUUGGGACCGCAGGCGAUAACUCCACGAACGAUGAUCGGUGUCAACGCUCUCCUAUCGAUGAUCUUUCAUUUCGGAUCGAUAAUGAGAAACCUGCCGAGAGUUUCGUACAUAAAAGCUAUCGACGUUUGGAUGUUAUCCUCGAUGAUGUUUGUCUUUUUGUCGUUGGUGGAGUUAGCUAUUGUUGGAUUUAAAGAACGUACACAGGGAAAUCGGCCAACGAUACAACGAAUCGAUAAUAUCGCCCAGUUGGUAUUUCCGGCAGCUUUUAGUAUAUUCAAUAUAGCUUACUGGGCAAGAUAUGGUAUGAAAGUUGUAUAA